AGGUGAUUCCCAUCUAUCCCAAUAUGUCUGUCCAGCGAAACACACUUCCCAAAAACACAAGAUAACUAUUCUUGAUAAUAAAAAUGGUGGUGAUAUAUGUAACAGUGAUGUUUUUAAGGAUGCAUCUUUUACCAACCAACCAGAAACUCAAGAUAUUGAGAUCUUGAAGCUUCAGACCUCCACACAUGGCACAGGUCAGAAGCAAAGAUCAUGACAAAAUAUAGGUUUUCAUUUAAUAGCGUCCUUCCUUUUCAGAGGUCCCACUCCCAGAGCGUCUGACUGUGAGCUCCAUCACGUCUUCAUCUGCUAGCCUCAGCUGGCUGGUGUCUCCUGAGAUGGAGCAGACUCCACACAGCUUCCUGGUCUCUUACCGGAGUGAAGGGAGUGAGCAAAAGUCCAUCCCUACUAAGUCAUGCAGCACAGUCAUCACAGGCCUGAAACCAGGAACUGACUACACUGUUAAAGUCUACACUGAGCUCCAACAUGGAGGAAAGAGCCAGCCUGCUUCUGUUCAGAUGAUGACAGAGGUCCCAGUCCCAGAGCGUCUGACUGUGAGCUCCAUCACUUCUUCAUCUGCUAGCCUCAGCUGGCUGGUGUCUCCUGAGAUGGAGCAGACUCCACACAGCUUCCUGGUCUCUUACCGGAGUGAAGGGACUGAGCAAAAGUCCAUCCCUACUAAGUCAUGCAGCACAGUCAUCACAGGCCUGAAACCAGGAACUGACUACACUGUUAAAGUCUACUCUGAGCUCCAACAUGGAGGAAAGAGCCAGCCUGCUUCUGUUCAGAUGAUGACAGGUACGAUAAUUUUGUAAAUAACCUUUAAGCAAGUGUA